GGAUGUUUCUGGAGGGGGUGGGUUUCUACGAGGCUUGAUGCAUCCCUUUAACAUGAGAUCAGCAUGAGAACAAUCAGAACCAAAACAGCCUCUCCUCCAGCAGCAUCUUGCCAGCAACGCCCUGCAUCCCAGACCGGCGUGCGCACCACACAGACGCACUAACCGGCGAGAGGAGGACGGAGACUGCUAUCGAGCUGAUGCUGCUGAAGCAUCUGCAGCGCUGUUUGGCUGUCUUUUUCCUCAGUGUGUGUGUGCGUGCGUGUGUGUGUGUUUGCUUCCAGAUGUCAGGGGAGACUGAAGAUUGCCAUCAACGCCGCUGCUGAGGAUGUAUAUGAGCAGGCUGCUUCGACGGACGGAUGGAAUAAUCUUUGCGAGGGAAAACAUGACAGGCACCCCCCCGGCGGUUCUCCGGGACGCAGUGAUAGUUUGAGGGCCGGACAUGAUUUUAAUCUCAGGGGUUGCUGUAGUGGAUGCGGGAUGAUGCGCGCCGCACCCCGAGAGAUAUUGAUAAGGAGAACACAGCUCGGUCCUUCAGUGUCCCACAAAAGAUCUUUCCUGGACUGUGGCGCACAGUGAGCAUCUUCAUUGUUUCUCUUUUUUGUUCUUUCUUUCGUUUGUUUUUGGGGACUGAUGUGGAAGGAUUGGGCUGUUUUGACUAAAGGGAUCCGCUGAGCACUGUUGCUCUCACCGGGAGAGGGGAAAGAGAACCAGGGCUGAGCUGCUCACCUGGUCAUUUCAACACACUGAUAAUAACCUUUCAGCAUGGCCGAGAGGACGAUGGAGCAGGGCUCGGUCAGCAUCCCCAUGGAGGAGACCAAGCUUCACGGCGGUGCUCCCCAGGAGGCGCCGCUUCUCACCCACCUGAAGAAAGUGGAGAACCACAUAACCGAGGCCCAGCGCUUCUCCCACCUCCCACGCCGCUCUGCCGUGGACCUGGAGUUCAAUGAGCUCUCAUACACCAUCCGAGAGGGUCCCUGGUGGAGGAGGAGAGGUUACAAAGCUCUCCUCAAGUGUCUGUCGGGAAGAUUCAACAGCAGAGAGCUGAUUGGCAUCAUGGGGCCUUCUGGAGCUGGAAAAUCCACUUUGAUGAAUAUUCUGGCGGGUUACAGGGAGACGGGCAUGAAGGGCACCAUCCUGGUGAACGGCCGGCCGAGGGACCUGAGGACGUUCAGGAAGAUGUCCUGCUACAUCAUGCAGGAUGACAUGCUGCUGCCGCACCUCACUGCGAGGGAAGCCAUGAUGGUUUCUGCGAAUCUGAAACUGAACGAGAGCAUGCAGGUCAAAAAAGAACUUGUGGAUGAGAUCCUGACAGCUCUGGGCCUCCAAGAAUGUGCUCAGACACGCACCAUCUCCCUGUCUGGAGGCCAGUGUAAAAGACUGGCCAUCGCCUUGGAGCUGGUCAACAAUCCACCUGUCAUGUUCUUCGAUGAGCCCACCAGCGGGCUGGACAGUGCGUCCUGCUUCCAGGUUGUUUCCCUCAUGAAGUCUCUGGCUCAGGGAGGACGGACAAUCAUCUGCACCAUUCAUCAGCCCAGUGCCAAGCUCUUUGAGAUGUUUGAUAAGCUGUACAUCCUCAGUCAGGGUCAGUGCAUAUACAAGGGCACAGUCCCUUACCUCAUCCCUUAUCUGAAGAACCUGGGCCUCCACUGCCCGACGUAUCACAAUCCUGCUGAUUUCAUCAUUGAGGUGGCGUCAGGGGAAUAUGGAGACCUGAACCCAGUGCUGUUUGAGGCGGUGCAGGGUGGUCUGUGCUCAGAGGAGGGCAAGAAGAACUCCAGAGAUAAAAGUGACUCCUCCUGUCCCUCUCAGUGUCACAGUGACACAGGAACCCUUGAGAAGCAUAGCUUUGCCACCAGUACCUUCACACAGUUCUGCAUCCUCUUCAAAAGAACUUUCAUUACGAUAUGCAGGGACAUGGUGCUGACCCACCUCAGGGUGAUGUCACAUCUGUCUAUCGGAGUGCUGAUCGGCCUGCUGUAUCUCAAAAUUGGAAACGAUGCCAGCAAAGUGUUCAACAACACCGGCUUCCUCUUCUUCUCCAUGCUGUUCCUCAUGUUUGCUGCUCUGAUGCCCACAGUACUAACGUUUCCUCUGGAGAUGUCUGUGUUUGUGAGGGAACAUCUCAACUACUGGUACAGUCUGAAGGCCUAUUACUUGGCCAAAACCAUGGCAGACAUACCAUUCCAGGUGAUUUGUCCAAUCAUGUACUGUAGUAUAGUGUACUGGAUGACUGAACAGCCUCCAGAGGCAGGUCGCUAUCUGCUCUUUAUGGCCUUGUCCACGUCCACGGCCCUGGUAGCUCAGUCUCUAGGUCUGCUUAUAGGAGCUGCAUCCACAUCUCUGCAGGUAGCAACAUUCGUGGGUCCUGUCACAGCCAUACCUGUCCUCCUCUUCUCCGGCUUCUUUGUCAAUUUUGACACCAUUCCCAAAUACCUGCAGUGGAGCUCUUACGUGUCCUAUGUCAGGUAUGGCUUUGAGGGUGUCAUACUCUCCAUCUAUGGGAUGAACCGGUCUGAACUGGAGUGUCCGGACCCAGUGUGUAAAUUUCAAAAGCCAGAGGAGGUCCUGCAGCUGCUGGAUGUGGAGGAUGCAAAGCUUUACGUGGACUUCAUGGUGCUGGGGGUUUUCUUCCUGAUCCUCAGACUGGCCACUUACCUGGUUCUGCGCUACAAAGUCAAAUCGGAGCGUUAAAAGGCCACCACCGUUGGAUCUGGAUACUCGUGCAUAUCCCGGCAGUGUGAGAUAGCAAGAAAACAUAUAGUGUCUCUUCCUCUGUCUCUACUUCACACACAUGUAGAAAGACAUACACAAACCCGGCACAUACAAUCAGAAGGCUGUGCUACACCAUUACCCAAACUGUACAGUAAAAACAGACUGAAACAGUUUGUUGUUGAAGAAGUUCAGAUUGUAAAGUGUUGUUCUGUCUACCAGGUAAUAGUACUUCUUAAACCACUAUUACCUUCCAAAAAUAAAAUAUAGUAAAAUACAAAUAUUGUGUAAUUGCACCAUAAAUGAGCAAAAUACCCAACAAAAGUAACAGAAAGCAUGUUUCAUUAAACUGAGAAAUUUGGAUUUGUAUUCUUUGGCCACUCCAGGAGCAUUUCAUUUGACUCAUGAGCUUAUGAGGAGCCAUAAGAACCAUCUUGGUGCAGGAGUGUCCAGUAACUUGUAGCUUCUCAAUCCAGUGCCUAAAAAGGUUCAGAAUCCCGAUAAUCGAUACCUAAUUGGACAGCAUCAAACACAAGCGGUUCCCUUUUAUUGCCAUCGGAGAAGGGGAACUUUCCAUUCCAGAUCGUGUGGAUUAUCUCUCUCUGCUGACGAUCUUAUCAGGUAUCUUUACUAAGAUGCUGAACAUGCUGACUUGUCUUUAUGGAAUACAACCCAAACAAACCGACUGCCAGUGGAUGACGUUCCUUGCUUUCCAUCUCUAGUGUGGAUCAUUUUUGCAGGCCUUCUGCCCGACCACCGAUGGCUGCAGAACAUUUGGAUGAAGCGCUUGUAAAAAUGUGCAGUGUGUCUUAUACAGCGGCUGAUGUGGACUCACCCUGCGACCAGGCCUACAAGUCCUUACCCGUCCCUUAUUACUAUGUGUUUGUUUCUGCCAUAACUGAGGGAACAUUCAGUGAACUGGGAGCAAAAUGUGAAAACGAGUAAGCAUUUUCCAACCUGAGGCAGAGGGUGGUGAGAGAGUGGUGUUUUAGGUGAAGUGCAAUAGCAUUAUACUACGGUGAAAAAAAAGUGGUGUUUGUCCAAUCGGUGUCGCUCUUUUGACACAAAUUCUUUAAAAUGCUUGUUUCCACUCGUUGUAUGACUCUUUAGCUGCCUCCUCCCUGAGCUACGAAAGGAAGUAACCUGGUUCUUUCCUUCCCUCUCUCUGCUUUGCUGAUGUCUGACAGAUGUGUGUCGUCCAAAACAAUGCUAGAUACUUGAAGUGCUGGCUGGGCAGUUUUUGUGCCUCUGAACUAGAAUGAUUUGAGUUUCCUCUGCUUUAUUGUUUGCACAUACACCUUAUGUCUACAUACAUAUGCUCUUUCUAACACACACAUACACGCACACCUACACACACACAAACACACAUUCACCUUGGCAAUGUUUAGAAGAGCCUCUCCUAGUCACAAGGCAAUGCAAAUAUUUUCCAAUAGACUUGCUAUGAAAUAUUUCUUACUCAAACUAUGCUACUUAGUAAUCCUUAUUAUAAUGCAUAAAAUAAUGUGAGUAUAUAAUCAAUGAUUGUACAGUGAAUAUGUCAUGCUGUAAACAAAUGUACAUUUGCACUUUUCAGUGUACGUUUCUUCUUUUUUUAUUUAUUUGUAUUUAAUUUUAUUUUUAUAUAUCUACGAGACGAGUGCUGCUUGAGAGUUUAACGGGAAAAACAGCAACUGAAUGUUGCAUGUUCACUUUAGGAAUGAAAAUUCAGAGUAUAACAUAAUGACUUUAGUUCCUCAUCCAAAUGCAUUGUGUGCAUCCUGCCUUGUUUGAGGAGAUGCAGGUCCUCUGCUCUCCGCUGAACGGAAGUGUGUAUCUGGAAUCAAGCGUGCGUCACUGAUGUAGAUUAAAAAAGGAGAGAAACAAGAGCGGGAAGGUAGCUGAGUGUGAAAGGUGACAGAUGGAAGAAGGCAAGGAUAAACAACAGUCAACCAAAUGUGUCAUCAUGUAGCUGAAGGGAGCAGUUUGAUCAAUAAUCUAUGAUCAACUUCACUGUCAGAGAGAAAACUGCAGCAGCUGAGGUUGGGAUUCUGUCAUUAAUAGCAAUAGUCAACACUGCAAUGUUUUACUGUUAUACCUCCCACUUCUGCUGCAUCAAUCAGUUUGUACACUGAAAUAAUUUGAGUCCUUUUGUUCCUAUUAUGUGCAAUAACCAUCCAAAGGUAUUCCAACUCUAUGAGACCAACGUCAUGGAGGGAAAUUGUGACACUGCAAUCAGAACUUUUUAGUUGUGUUUUUGUUGCUCCUGUUCAGUAACAUAAGCUAAUGUAGUCUACUGGAUUGUCGUAAUGAUUUCAUUUGAGAGACGAAAGAGGGGAAUAACGCCAUCGGGCCAAUGUUGCCAUAUUCGUCAAGAUAAUUGGUUCCCAAGUUAGUGCAGGAAAAAUUGUAGUACGGGGGAAAACGUUGCAUAAGUCAGUUUUUCUGCCGUCACAGAGGAUGUGUUGUUUCAAGCUCCCCCGACUUCGAUCAAAAGCCAUGAGUUGUAAGCUGACCUGUGGGUAUGACUGAAUUUGAAUAAAACUGCAGGAAAACAAACGGCUCCAGCCCACGAACAAAGCAGGGAUAAUUAGCAACACUGAAGUCAUUAAGCAGUCUGGAGAAAGUCUUUGGCCUGAGGUCUAAAGGCCUGUGUUACCAAAGAAGAAAGCAAAUCAUCCUUCUCUUGCCGCAAAAUGUGGAAAAUGCCGGGUGAAAUGCCCAAUGUUCUAAUUCAUUUUCUGACCAAAGAAAGUGCUCUGAAAACUCAAAGUUUGUAGCCAUUCAGGUCCCACUAGUUUUCCUCAUUUCUGAGAUUUGUUUGCCAGUGUCUCUUCCAGGUCUAAACAUUGACAGUUAUUGAUGGUCACGAUUUGGCUCCAGUGGAGAUACUAAAUAACUGAAUCUUGAUCAAAUGUAACCAUGGAUAUACAUUACGAAGAAGCCUUGCAAGUAAUACUCCAGGAUGCAGCUGGUGAGCGCAUGUUCAAUUCAAAAAGGUUUUUUCAGUCUCUCUUGUUUUAUUCAUCAUUUCACUGUCUCAUCUGUCUCUCAUAAUAAGCCACCAGACUUAAGUGCACUCUAUCAUGCAUGGUAAGUAACAAUAUCCAGGCUAUCCCUGCAGAAAGAUUUGAUUUUCUGAUUGAAAAUUAAUGAUGGAAUUAAGGCUGUAUUACACAGAUUGUUCUUUUUUCUUGUUUGUUUUAUCUAAUAUAAUUUGUUUAUCAUUUGCAGUUUGAUUUACGACAACUAAAAAAAAUGCAAGUUCUGUAUACUGAACACUGUUUCAAGGAUUAUAAUAAAGAUAAUUUAUAACCUUU